GGUGUCAUUAGAGAGACAAAGGAGAUGAUACUGCCGCGAUUUUGCGUGAUGGCGACACUUGCCAACACUUCGAAUUGGCGGUGACUGAUCGGCAACGUAUAUUGUACCUGCCUUUCUUGAACAGACCGUUGUUGAAGAUAUAAAUACCUAUGUUUGUUCCUCUAUUUUAUCUGCUUCUAUUCUGGCUUGUUCCAGCCAGGGCUUUCACUCUUUCCACAACUUCUUUUUCACUCUCUUGAGCUCUCAAGGCUCUUAAGUUUGGUUCACGAUGGUUAACCUGCGCACGAUCACCGCCGCUUUGGCGGUAUCCUCUUUCAACGGUGCUGCCGUCGCCCACCCUGGCGAUAGCAAAGAAGUAGUCAAGUACGAGAGGGCUAUGCACAAGCAUGCUCAGGCAGGAGCUCGUCGUGCUAUCACCAACUAUGGCAAAACUCCCGAUACGGCCGCUCUUAAAGCUCGUGCAGCUGCUCGCCGUGCAGCCACUGCUCAGAGUCUCCGUGAGAAGCGUGGCCUCACCGACAAACACAUGAAGUCCAAGAGGGGCCAGGCUGAGCUUGAGAAAUACUUGAACGUCACGCACGACACUACGGAACUUGGUUACACCUUAGAUACCCCGUUGGACGUUAUCUUCGAUUCGAACUCAACCGCCGCUCUUGUUCCUGAGGUUACUAUUGGCCCCUAUUGGGUAGCGGGAGAACUAAUCCGAGUUGAUGUUACCGACAACCAAGCCGGAGUGCCUGUCCAUCUAGACCUGCAAUUCAUUGACGUCAACACGCUUGCAGCUAUUCCUAACUUGCUGAUCGACAUCUGGCACUGCAAUGCUACCGGUGUAUACUCCGGUGUCUCUAUGAUGAGGCAGGGAGGUCUCAACACUACUCAUGGCCGUGGUAUCCAAACCACCGACGACGAGGGUGUGGUUCAGUUCGAUACUAUCUUCCCGGGUCACUACACCGGUCGAGCGCCUCACAUUCACUUGAUGAGCACUGAGAACGCCACCGUUCUUCCCAACAACACCUACUUGACGGACGGCAAGCCCAACCACAUCGGUCAGCUCUUCUUCGACCAGAGCCUCAUCACUGCCGUAGAGAAGCUCGCGCCUUACAACACCAACACCCAGAGUCUCACCCUCAACUCUGAAGACGGCAUCGACGCCGAGACCUCUACUGCCGAGUACGACCCCUUUGUCGACUACGUUCUCCUUGGUAGCGAACUCCAGGACGGUCUCUUGGCGUACCUAACUGUCUUCGUCGACACCAAGGCCAAUCAGACUGCCUACGCCCACGCUGCCGCUCACUACUACGAGGGAGGCGGUGUUGCUUCUCCCGGCGGUGGCUUCCCCGGUGGCCCAGGCGGUCCUGGAGGUCCUGGAGGUCCGCCCGGCAGCUCGUUCCCUCCCCCGCCUAGCAGCACCACUGCUCCCUAAAGUGCAUCCGCAUAAUUCGUCCUUCAUUAGGAGCCGAUAUACAAUCGAGAGGAUAGCAUAGGAGGUGUUAUUUAGAAAAAAUCCGUAGUGCUUUUACACGCUAUAAGCCGG